AUGACAAAUUCAAGUGUAUCAGUUAAAACCAACGUGUUAUUAUUUGAUCUAGAUGGAACUUUGGUUAACUCGACAGCAGCAGUUGAAAAAUCAUGGGGCAAUGAAAUUAUCACUCAUAACAAAGCUUUCCCAGAUGCAUAUAUUGAUUUGGCUACCUAUUUACAUACAAGUCACGGUACACGUACUGAAGAAUUGUUGAUUAAAUAUUUCCCAGAAUUGAAACAUGAUAAAGAAGCAAUCAAUACUUGGGAAUUAAAUAUAGUGAAAAACUAUGGUCAUUUAGGAAAACCAAUUGGCGGUGUGAUUCCAACUUUAGAAGGGAUCAACAAUAAAGAUAUCCCAUGGGCGAUAGUUACAUCUGGAACCACGAAUUUGGCACAUAGUUGGUUUAAAACAUUGUUUGGAGAAAUCAAAUGGCCACAAGUCUUUAUCACAGCGCAUGACGUUUCUCACGGUAAACCUGAUCCCGAAGGCUACAAUACAGCAUUUGAAAAGUUGAAGAAUAUUUAUAAUUUAGGAGAUGGUGCUAAAGGGGUUGUUUUUGAAGAUGCACCAACUGGUAUUAAAGCUGGUGUCAGUGGUGGGUUUACUGUUAUUGGAAUUGCAAGUACUUUCGAUAAGGAAAAGUUGUUAAGUGCUGGUGCUAGUUAUGUUGUUGAAGAUUUUACUAAGAUUAAAAUUGACAAAGUUGGCAAUGAUAUUGAAUUGAAAUUAGAAGUUCUUUAG